AUGGUCCCUAAUGGUAAUGGAAACCUCAAAGCUGAUACUCAACAAGUAGAGUCAAAGACAUCAGAAAAUGAUCCCGGAGUCACAGAUGUCAACAGUCUUUCCACUCAAAAUGUUUCAAAACAGGGAAAUCAACGGAGUGGGUGCCUCAACUUUGUGAAUCGCUUUUCUAGUGGUGCCCACUUUAAGAAGCUGGGUCCUUCUCCUUCAGUCAAGUUUCGACAGCUUGCACUUCAGCGUGAUGAUUUUUCACGUUCAAUCCAUUCUGACAACCAUGACAAUCACGAACAUUUUCGAUUAAUCAGGAAAAUUAACUGGGGUCAUCUGUGGGCAAUGGGCAAGGAUUGGAUAAGGCAGCCCCUUAACAUGGCCCUUUUUGUCUGGAUUGCUGUUGUUUCUGUAUCUGGUGCAAUACUCUUCAUGGUUAUGACCGGGAUGCUGAAUCAUGCUUUGCCUAGCAAAUCAGAAAGAGACGCCUGGUUUGAAGUGAACAACCAAAUUUUGAAUGCAUUAUUCACACUCAUGUGCCUUUACCAACACCCGAUGCGGAUCUAUAACUUUGUGCUCUUGUGUCGAUGGGACCAAAAGGACAUUUUAAGGCUUAGGAAAGAAUACUGCAAAAAUGGGACAUAUAAGCCUAAUGAGUGGAUGCACAUGAUGGUGGUUGUGGUCUUUCUUAAUCUGAACUGCUUCGCCCAGUAUGCCUUGUGUGGUCUCAACAUAGGGUACCGCAGAUCUGAAAGGCCUCCCCUUGGUGUCGCCGUGACUAUUUCUUUUGCAUUUGGGGCUGCGUUAUUCGCUAGUGUGUAUAACAUUGUGAGUCCUCUUGGGAAGGAUUAUGAUGCAGAGCUGAGAGAAGGUGAUCCAGAAGCACAAGCCGGGGUCACAUCAACUGAAGGCGCCAGGCCAGCAACUUCAGGGAGGUCACUUGAGAGAAGAUACUCUUUUCUUCAAAGCGACGAGCGCCGUUUCGUGGAGAGCAGGCCUGAGUGGGUCGGCGGGCUAUCAGAUUUCUGGGACAGCAUAACCAUUGCAUACUUGUCAAUUUUCUGCAGCUGCUGUGUUUUCGGGUGGAAUGUUCAGAGGCUUGGGUUCGGCAACAUGUACGUCCACAUUGCAACAUUCCUGCUCUUUUGCCUGGCUCCGUUCUUCAUCUUCAACCUGGCAGCAGUCAACAUCAACAACGAAACCCUGCGAGAGGCGCUGGGGCUCACCGGCAUCGCGCUGUGCUUCUUCGGUUUGCUGUACGGCGGCUUCUGGAGAAUACAGAUGAGGAAGAGAUUCAACCUCCCUGGGAACCCCUUCUGCUGCCGUAACCCCGACGUCACGGACUGCUUCCAGUGGCUGUGCUGCUGCUCGUGCUCUCUCGCUCAGGAGGUGAGGACCGCUGAUUACUAUGACAUUGCAGAGGAGAGGUCGUACAGAGGGCAGGUAAAUGGGGAGAGUCAGCGUGUGAUGUCCCCAUUGGCUCGUGAAGACGGUCUGCCGCUUUUCAAGUCAACUCCAGCCUCGCCGUACAGGAGCAGCACAGGCACGGCUAGUCAGUCCAUUUUCAUCAUGGAGAGCCCAUCAGCUCCGCGGAGGUCGUCCGGUGCGACCCCUCCCGGUUCUUCUCCGGCAAACGGCGGCGACAGGGCGAUGAAGGCGCCUGCUCCAUCUGUCUUACACAGAGAAGGUGAAGAUGAAUCGUAG